UGCGUGAGAUAUCUAAUAUAUAAUACACAUAAAAUGUAUAAAAAAUUGAAACGUUACGAAAUAAUAGGAUAUAUUAUGAAACGAGAAAAUUUGACCAAUAAAAUUACGGAGAUAGUGUGGACUGAAAACUUCGAUUGAUAUAAAGAACUUGUUUUCUUAUCAUGUGUUGUUAAGUGCAUUGUGAUCGUUGAAGUGAUAUGAUUCGCCAUUCAAUUUUGAAGGAACUAUCCUAGAGAACGAAAGUAUAACUUUGCAGUGAAAAAAAAUCGAGAUCAUACCAUUAGCUGUAAGAAGAUAAAGAUUCUUGGCAAAGGCUACCGAGUAUAAAGAUCAUAUAAAAAGAUGCAGGCAUCGCGGAUCUGUGAAUGGGAAUAUCCGACGACAGGUUUUCUGCAGAACCCUCUAACAGGGACCGGCAGGUCUUCCAAGCCAUAAAGCAUCAAUGGCGAGUGGCGGCUCGCGGUGAAGCUACGCGCCGUUACCGAGACGACCGGAGAGGGCUGGACCAGCGCUAUAGCGCGUUUCCAUAGAGAGAGGAGACGAGGGUUGCGAAGAGGAGGAGUGGGUGGGCGCAGUGGUGUGCAUCCGGGGGAUAGGCCAUCGUCGAGAAUUUCGCAGAGAUGGAGUUUCUGCAAAAUCAUCACGCGGUUAACACCUCCGAACCGCCGUACACCCUCGGCACAGGUUCCGUGGAUAGUAUCGAGGCGACUAUCUCAUCUAGCCUCUGUUCUGGAUCACUAGGGGUGCUUUCGGGUGACGACGCUCUAUCAACCGACAAUCACAACGAGGAGGCAGCCGUCCUUGGCGCCGCUCUUCAAAGCACGCUGCGCUUGCAGGACCUGCAGAAUUCGCCGACUGAUAUCGGCGCCGACCAGGGCCAGCAACUUCCAACUUCUGGUCAGGCCGUGAGUGAAUUCGGCGGUAGCUUCUGGGUCGACGAUAUGGCAGGUUUCCCUCUACCCCCGCUGGACUUGGAUCCCUUACCUCCAGGAUUAUUCAGCCCAUGCUCAGGAACGUACAACUGGGGCUGCUCACGGGGCGAAUGCGUGCCAAGGACGAGCAACGGCGCGAACGGCGAGGGUGUUGCCGAUGUUCUUUUAUCCUUGAAACAUGCGGUAGUGCAUCCUGGAAGCCCGACGGCCAGCUAUUACACCACUGGCACCAGCUCCGCCGCGGCUCAUCAUUACUCACAGGACUAUGUGCAGAAUCUGGGUCCGUCGGUUCCAGGCCCGGGUCACUACGGUUCUGCAUCUGCCGCCAUGUCCGUCAAUGUGUCGAUGAACAUGACCAUGAACAUGAAUAUGCACUCCGGAUACGAACAAAGUUAUUCGUCAGCAUGGGGCGUGGAACCUCUUCUAAGUCCCGCCCCACAGUACGGCAAUCCGGUGGAGGUGGCGGCGCAAACGACCGCGAGGGUGAAUCAGGGCGCGCCGACCAAUAGCGGUCUGAUCGGUCAUCCCUCCCACCCUCAGCCGCAUCAUAAUGGUGGCCGGCUGCAGCUCGGGGGUGAACAUGCGAUCUGUGUAAAUACCACGGGUCCAACUGCUGGCGGUAUCAUCCCCGAAGAUAAUGGCAGACCCAAUAUGUGUAGGAUAUGUGGCAAAUCGUACGCCAGACCUAGUACUCUCAAAACUCACCUGCGCACCCACUCUGGAGAGAAGCCGUUCAGGUGUCACGCAUGCUCGAAGGCAUUUAGCCAGGCGGCGAACCUGACCGCGCACGCGAGGACGCACUCCGGCGAAAAACCUUUCCGUUGUCCGGUGUGUGACAGGAGAUUUUCGCAAAGCAGCUCAGUAACCACGCAUAUGAGGACGCACUCGGGUGAACGACCGUAUAGGUGUCGAUUCUGUAAGAAAGCGUUCUCCGACAGCUCAACGCUUACUAAGCACUUGCGUAUACACUCCGGUGAAAAACCGUAUCAGUGUAAGCUAUGUCUGCUUAGAUUCAGUCAAAGCGGUAAUCUCAAUAGGCACAUGAGAGUCCAUGGCGGCUCUCUAACGUGACACAAUCCUUCUGCACCAGUACAAUCCGCGAUGACGAUGAUCAACGACAGUAAUGCUGCACAUUCAUUGCCCAGAUGCUGUCGAAUACCUGUGAUUCGAUUAGGAACAAACUCGCCGGAAAAGUGAAACGCAGAAAUACAACGCGACUUCUAGUACAUAAAGUUUACUUAAUACCGGUUUAAUUAAUUUACUAGUAUAAUUAAUUUAAAAGAAAUUUGGAUA